AGAAGGAACUUUUUGGUGCGGACGGCUCGAGCUGCGGCGGCUUUCCUCCUCUAUUUAUUGCCCCCUUACUUGGCUUGUUUCCCCCCCCCCACCCCGUCACGCACACAGCGCCACAUCUGGAGCUCCGUGCAGCCCCCUCGGAACAGAAGCGGCAGAGAAUCCCAAGUCGUCCGCCCGAGACGUUUUGACUGAAAGCGCCAACCAUGUUGAUCAUCUUAGCCUUCAUCCUCCUGUUCCACAUGGCCGCAGCCGUCCUCCUCUUCGUCGCGACCGUUCACAACGCGUGGUGGGUGGUGUCGCCGGCGGGACGCGACGUGAUCUACGCCGACCUGUGGUACUCGUGUAACUCCACCUGCUACCCCGUGGAGAACAGCCACACCGCUCAAGCAGCCUACCUGCAGACCGUCCAGGCGACUAUGAUUCUGGCCACCAUCUUGUGCUGCGUCAGCUUCUUCAUCUUCAUCCUCCAGCUCUUCAGGCUGCAGCAGGGGGACCGAUUCGUCUUCACCGCCAUCAUCGAGCUGCUGGCCUCCGUGUGCGUGUUGGUCGCGGCGUCCGUCUACACGGCUCAGAACGAGAGCUUCCACACGCCGAGCCUCCAGGGGGGCUCCUUCGGCUCCUCCUACAUCCUGGCCUGGGUCAGCUUCCCCAUGACGCUGGUCAGCGGCCUCAUGUACCUGGUGCUCAGGAAGCGCAAAUAGACGCGGACGCACAAAAACCAACAGACGUGGACGCUUUGGGACACAUGCAUGGAGACAUCCACUUCCCCCCCCCCACCCCCCCCCCCAUAACGCAGAUGCACACGCACGCUCCGCGUCCCGUAGAUUUAUAACAUGAGUAAACAUGAGUUCCGCUUCCCUCGCAUAGAAAAGCCUCCCCCCCCCCCGAGGCUCCUCGCCUCACGUGACCAAAGUACUAACAGGCCGAUUUGUCUCCUUCACACGUUUCCUUGUGUCCUGGAUCCUUAACAACUCCAUUCACAGGUGCCUUUUGAUAUGUCUCACUGGGACCCCCCCCCCCCGCC